GAUCGGUGAUCGGUCCGUCCGCCUCCUGCAGCCCGGUCAGGCACCGCCGCACGCGCCCACAACACGUCCCGCGCUGAUCACCGUUUUAAUUCUCGGUUUUUAUUCUAAGGGAUUUUUAUUUUGUAUUUUUUAAUCCAUGUAGGCUGCAGAGCUCGAGGAAACCGCAGCUCAGUCAUACUUUUCUUUUCUCUACGUUUCCUUUUUGUUUUUCUUCUUUUUGUGUUGCUUUUUUUGGGAUCUCCCCGAUGCAAGGAGGCGUGAUGGAGAAAAUGUCCCGACAUCCCAUCCCGCUCAACCCAAGUUUUGUGCCCGCGGCGGCGCACGGAGUGCUCAAGUCUCUGCUGGAGAACCCGAUGAAGCUGCCGCUGCAUCAUGAAGCGUUCAGCAAGGAGCAGGAGAAGGAGAAGAACCUGGAGGAGGAGCGCAGCGCCCCACAGUCAGCCUUCCUCGGCCCCACGCUGUGGGACAAGACCCUGCCCUACGAUGGAGACACCUUCCAGCUGGAGUACAUGGACCUGGAAGAGUUCCUGUCUGAAAACGGCAUCCCCUCCAGCCCCUCCCAGCACCACCACCACCAACUCAACCAGCACCAACCGCACGCUCCGCCGCACCAGCCGCACCAGCCGCCAAUCAUGUCCCAAGCCCCGCCCACAUCCACACCCUCCGUGAUGGACCUCAGCAACCAUGCCUCCACCUCCGUACAUACGAGCGUCGUCUCUCCGAACUGCCUGCACAGCAGCCCGGCAAGAGCAGGCCUCCCGAACUCCAGAAACACUCCCAGCCCCAUCGACCCAGACUCCAUCCAGGUUCCCAUCGGGUACGAGCCCGACCCGGCCGACCUGGCUCUGUCCAGCGUGCCGGGCCAGGAGAUGUUCGACCCGCGCAAACGCAAGUUCUCGGCCGAAGAGCUGAAACCGCAACCGAUGAUCAAGAAAGCUCGCAAGAUCUUCAUCCCAGAAGACCUGAAGCAGGAUGACAAAUACUGGGCCAGGCGCAGGAAGAACAACUUGGCGGCCAAGCGGUCCCGGGACGCCAGGCGGCUCAAGGAGAAUCAGAUCGCCAUCCGAGCCGGUUUCCUGGAGAAGGAGAACUCGGCGCUGAGGCAGGAGGUGGCCGAGCUGAGGAAAGAGCUGGGACGCACCAAGAACAUCCUGGCCAAGUACGAGGCGCAGCACGGCCCGCUGUGAGGACACACACACACACACACACACACACACACACACGUUUAUACAUUUAAAUAUUAAAACAUGUACACAGCAACACACACUCUGAGAAUCCUGCCUCCUCCUGAUCCACCAGCGACCCUCCUCUCACUCCUCCUCCACAAUCACUCCUGACGGCUCCACUCACGGCAGCUCAACGUGCACAAAAACGUACUUUUCAUCCUCUCUGAGCUGACUUUGACAAGCUGGCGGAGGUUUUUCUGUCGACCAAUCAGAGCAAAAUCCAGUAAUAUGAGUGCAAAGUAAAAAGAUCCGUCCUGUUAUUCUGUCUUUCUGUAAAAACACAAAUCUAUAGUGCAGUUUUUAAUCAAACAAACACGAGGACAGCCGGGAGUGUUAUUUUAAAAAAAGAUGGAAUAAAAUAAAUAAAAAAAACAUCUUUAUAAUGUCCUCCGCUCCCCAGCUAACACUUGUCAUCUGUUUCCAUGGUAACAGUAACCCAGCAGAUGCUUAAAGCUGCUCCUGAGCGACGGCCGUGAGUCGAGCCCAUUAUUCAGGUUUAUUAAACACACACACACACACACACACACACACAC